CUGCGGCUGCAGCUCACAGUGCUCGCCAAUUUUUCUGAUCACGAAAACCCAGCGGUCACCCGUAUCCUGUUUUCGCCGAACGACAUGCUGGCACGGGGAUUUGUCAAAGAUCUGAUGCGCGAGAACAACCUGAUUGUGAGGGAGGACGCCAUGGGCAAUAUUUUCGGGCGCUGGGAGGGCAGCAACCAAGCCGGCGGUGUCGUACUGACGGGCUCCCACUGCGAUGCCAUUCCUCUGGCUGGGAUGUACGACGGGACGCUGGGCGUGAUUGGAGCUAUUGAGGCGGUUGCGGCCCUGCAGCGCUCGGUGAGUUGCUGCUACUGCUACCGCUACUUGAAUGCGAGGCCUUUGGCACUGAUGUAUUGCUGUACUGCUAGGUUUAGGGUUUUACCCUUCACUUUAAGUCUUAUCCACCCAUCUGCCGUACACACGCUCCCACCUGGUGCCCCCAUCCAGGUGGCCAACGAAGUGGGUUACGGAGCCGCCACCACCCGGGAGAUGCUGGAUGCCGUACGGAUGGCGGAGGGUGACGUGGCGUACUUUGUGGAGCUGCACAUUGAGCAAGGCCCCCUCUUGGAGCGCGAGGGUGUUGAUAUCGGGGUGGUUACCGCCAUUGCGGCCCCGGCGGCUCUGGAGGUCAAGUUCUCGGGGGACGGAGGUCAUGCGGGCGGCCAGCUGAUGCCGGACAGGAACGACGCGGGCUUGGCGGGCGCCGAGCUAGCCUUGGCGGUUGAGCGCCACGUGUUGGGUACGGGCAGUACGGAUACAGUGGGCACCACGGGCACCUUUGAGAUCGCUCCAGGGGCGGUCAACUCGGUACCCCGGGACGCCCGUUUGGCCAUUGACAUUCGCGAUAUUGACGGCCCUCGGCGUGACGGUGUGGUGUCUGCCGUACUGGAGAGCGCGGAAGAGAUUGCCAAGCGGCGCAAGGUCCGUUUGGUCAGUCGCAUCGUCAACCAGGACCCCCCCGCCGGCAGCCACGCGGAUAUCGUGGAGGCGGUGGCGGCCUCUGCCCGCGACCUGGGGCUGAGCACCAUGAGGAUGGUGUCACGAGCUUAUCACGACUCGCUGUUCAUGGCUAGGGUGGCCCCCAUGGGUAUGAUUUUCAUCCCCUGCAAGAACGGCUGGAGCCACCGCCCAGACGAGUUCUCCAAGCCGGAGGAUAUCGCCAACGGCGUCCGGGUGCUGGCACUCACCCUGGCGCGGCUGUCCGAGGGAAGCUGGCCCAGGGACGAGCUGUAA